AAGGGAGUCGGUUACUACAGUAUUUCCUUCGCAGAUCUAUAUAAAACACAAUCUUUCCUUUCCUCCUCUCUCUAAAAUCUCCGAAAACAAAAUUUCCAUUUUUAUCCCUGAAGACGGUAAAGAUUCUCUCAUGGCUGAAACAGAGCACCUGAACAUGAGUACUAAUAGUACUAAUCAGGAAUAUGAACACCAGAAGCUGAAGUAUCUUGAUUUUGUACGAGUUGCAGUUCUUCAUGUGAUUGUGUGUUUUGCAAGCGUCUAUGAUUACGCUAAAGAUAACUCUGGUCCUUUGAAACCUGGUGUACAGACGGUCGAAGAUACUGUAAAGACUGUUAUUGGUCCUGUCUAUGAGAAAUUUCACGAUGUUCCUUUUGAACUCCUCAAAUUCGUUGAUUGUAAGGUAGAUGAUUCAGUUGGGGAAUUAGAUCGUCAUGUGCCCAAUCUCGUGAAAGAAGCGACUAACCAAGCUUAUACAGCUGCUCAAAAGGCACCAGGACUGGCACGAGCUGUAGCUUCGGAGGUACAACAAAGUGGUUUGAUUGAUACAGGGAAGGCUAUAGUGAAGACUCUUUACACAAGUUAUGAACCUACUGCCAAAGAAAUGUACACCAAGUAUGAACCAGUUGCUGAGCAGUAUGCAGUAACGGCUUGGCGUAAACUGAACACCUUGCCAUUGUUUCCCCAAGUGGCUCAUGUUAUGGUACCUACAGCUGCUUAUUGGUCAGAAAAAUACAAUCAAACCGUGUGUUGCACAGCUGAGAAAGGGUUUAUGGUUUCAUCUUUUCUCCCACUUGUUCCUACUGAGAGGAUUGCCAAGGUUUUUGGUGAAAGUGAAGCAGUUAACCAGAGUGGGUCAUCUGUUUCUUCUGCUUCAUCAUCUGAUAACGAAAGUGAAGUUGUUACCAAGUAGUUAUGAAGAAGCUUAUAGUAGUCUAAUGUGUGGGAAUGUUAUGGGGUAGAUAUAGUUUAUGGGUUUUAUUAAGUUCAAGUUUUAUGUAGGGUUUUGAAUGAUAAAAUGCUUGAUGACCAUGUAUAUCUUUCACUGCUUUAAUUGUCUCCAAGAACUACAAUUUCUUUGUAAUGGUCUUUCUUUGAUUGCAACCAGAUUUAGAAUUCAAAUUGUUGGUGGAUUAGAAAA